CCUCAGUCUACCCAUCUCUCUGCGUGCGGCAGAGAGGCAGAGGUUUACGGGACCUGUCCGGGCUGCCAGGAGGAGGCAAGCCAUGGACAAGUUUAAGGCAGUACUGGACUUGCACCUCAAGCACCGCAGCACGCUGGGCUACGGGGUGGUGACCCUGCUGACGGCUGGCGGGGAGAGGCUCUUCUCGGCUGUGGUCUUCCAGUGCCCCUGCAGCGAAGCCUGGAACCUGCCCUACGGCCUCGUCUUCCUGCUGGUGCCUGCGCUCGCGCUCUUCCUGCUGGGCUACGCGCUGAGCGCCCGCACGUGGCGCCUGCUCACCGGCUGCUGCGCCCGCACCCGGGGCUGCGCCGGGCUGCGGGGUAUGGUGGUAUGCGUGCAGCUGAGCGCGGCCGCGGCGCUCGCGCCCCUCACCUGGGUGGCCGUGGCGCUGCUCGGCGGCUCCUUCUACGAGUGCGCGGCCAGCGGGAGCACGGCGCUCGGAAGCCGCCUCUGUCGGGGUCGCGACCCGGUGUGUGCACAGCAACUGCCGCGGGUCCCCUGCGGCCAGGCGAAGCCGCCCGAAGUGCAGGACCUGCUGAAGGAUCUCAAGGCGCAGUCGCAGAUUCUAGGAUGGUUCCUGAUUUGUUCAGCAUCUUUCUUCUCUCUGCUCACCACUUGCUAUGCACGCUGCCGGUCUAAAGUUAGCUAUCUGCAGCUCAGUUUUUGGAAGACAUAUGCACAAAAGGAACAGGAGCAUUUGGAAAAUACAUUUGUGGACUAUGCCAACAUGCUGAGUGAGAGGAAUCUGAAGUCCUUUUUUGAAAACAAGAGGCCAGAUGUCUUUCCCAUGCCUACCUUUGCUGCCUGGGAGGCUGCUUCAGAACUGCAUUGUUUCCACCCAAGCCAGCAACAUUACAGCACCCUCCACAGGGUGGUGGACGAUGGCCUGGUGCCCUGCCCCCAGGAUGCUGAGACCACAAGGAUUCUUGUGGGUACUGCCCAGGAUUUGUAGCGUCCCCACUGUCACUGACUUGCAGUGUUGAGCAGUGCAUCCAUUCUGACAGCCUCCUGCUGAGUCCAUAGCAACUCUGCAUCUCUGUAUUUUCUCAAAGUUAGAAGAUUUUUUCUAAAAUAUGAGAAAAAGGGAAACAUCUUGGAAGCUCUCCAGUGUAGUAAAUGUCAGGAUGUGAUGAAAUUGAUUUGAAUGACGAUCUUGCCUGGAUGGGGACUGGGCUCAGGAGGUGCAAACACUGAUCCAAGUUCUAAGACUUUAUGAUUCAGCAAACAGCUUUAUGCAAGUGGUUCCUCACUCUUUGUAAAUAUGAAUCUUGGUGUUUGGGGGCUGAGACAGUGGCUUCUGAGGGAGCCAGAAACUCUGACUGUGGACUUCUGGAUGCUGUGGCAUCAGAGGCAUUGUCAGCAGGAGUCCUUGUUGUUCAAAGCAAGCCUAAUGUGACCUGUGCCUUAUGUGGUAUAUGAAUUUCUCCCAUUUGAAAUUACUUCUCAUAGAAUCAAAAGACGCCAGUUCUCAAAAAUAGCCAAUUACAAGAACAAAAUGUGUAAAAUCCAGAGAUUUUAGAAACAUGUUUUCACUGAAUACUGAAAGUAUGUCCCUGUUGUGUGUCCUGUGCACUUUUGCCUUCACAGACCAGUUUCUACACUCAUGCAUGAAUGUAUUGAUAGAAAUACACAUAAUAUAUAUUCAAACACUACUCAACCUAAAACUUCAUCUAUCGUCUUCUGGAUUUAAAAUUAAAAGCAUUAUUAUGGGCUCUCAUGUGGCAUAAUGCCUAUUAUUCCACCAGUAUAUCUCAGUGAAUUUGGGUUACUAUAACACAGCGUCAUGGACUGAAUGGCUUAUAAAUGAUUCAGAUUCAUCUCUCACAGUUCUAGAGGUUGGGAAUUCUGAGAUCAGAAUGCCACAUGUUCAUGUUAUAGAAGGGCCACCUAUUUUGCAGGUUGCUAAAUUCUUGCUGAAUCCACUCAUGGUGGAAAGAAGAGAUAGGCUCCCAUGGACACCUUUUUAUAAGGGUACCAAUCCCAGAGAAGGCUCUGUCCUCAUGAUAUAAUUAUCACUAAAGGCAGGACCUUCUAAUAGCCUUGGGAGUUUAGAGUUUCAACACAUGAGUGGGAUGGAAGGGUACAAAUAUUAAGACUGAUUAAGGGUAAACUGUUCUAACUUAAGGUCUGGGAACACUGAUUGAAGUAUUACUUUUAUUAAGCUAUUUUGCAGUUUUGCAUUUAUCAGAAAUGAUGCAAAACUUGCAUCCUGCUAUGUGAUAUAUAUCCAUAAUGGUGUGUGUGUGUGUGUGUGUGUGUGUGUGUGUGUGUGCAUGCUUGUACACACAAAUUCUCCUUGAGUAUCUGAGUGGAACUAUGCUCACAUCUUGCAUCACUGGGCACUAUAGAUAAGGACUCCUUAUUACCUAUGGAUAUCAUCUCCUUAUUACCAUAGCUCAUGAUGACAAACUGAAUUUAUAACCCUACAGAGUAUGUCUACAAUUCUGUGUCGUAUAAGAAGAAAAAGAUAUUGUGACUUCAUGCUCAUUCCUGUCAGAACUUCUAUUAACCUUGAAAUUUCCACAAUGUGUCUUUUCAUAUAGCAAUGAGAUGAAAAGUAGCCUCAGGAUGGGAACUGGCUACAAAAGGAAUUGCCAUGUGAUUACAAAGUUGAAAGUUUUAGCCCCAUUCUUGGACCUCCAGGGAACAGAGAAGGGCUGACCAUUGAGUUGGUCACCACAGUUCACAAGGUAAUCAAUCAUGCUAACAUAAUGAAGCCUCCACAAAAUCUUUCCAAAGGAUAGGGUUCUGAGAGAGCUAACAAAUGGAAGGUGGCAUUUGCAAAGGAGGCACAGAAGCUCUCUCUCCCUUUUGCCCACACUUGUCUGUAAGCAUUGCUGCCAUUUGGCUGUACCUGAGUUGUGUCUAUUACGUAAAACAAGCAAUAGUAAGCCAAGCACUUUCCUGAGAGCUGAGAACCACCCUAGCAUAU